GAAAAAUAUGCAGAUGCAACAGGUCCAGUGCAGUGAUGUGGUGCAGCAUUCGUCAGUACUGUCGACAAAGCAUGGAAAUUUAUGUCAAGCCUAUGAGACAAUAAUUCGACAUUGCGGCGAUGAUUGCAGGCGUCCAGGAUUAAUCAAAACUCCUGAAAGAGCUGCCCGAGCUAUGCUUUUCUUCACCAAAGGCUAUGACGACAGUUUGGACGAUUUGAUUAACGGAGCAGUGUUUAACGAAGAUCAUGAUGACAUGGUAAUCGUCAAGGAUAUCGAGAUUUUUUCCUUGUGUGAACAUCACCUGGUACCAUUCAUUGGUAAGGCACAUAUCGGUUAUAUACCGAACAAGAAGGUUUUAGGUCUCAGUAAGAUCGCCCGUAUCGUUGAAAUGUUCAGUCGACGUUUACAAGUACAAGAACGAUUAACGAAGCAAAUAGCAACAGCAUUAACCAAAGCGAUACAACCAUUUGGUGUUGGUGUUGUUAUAGAAGCUAGUCAUAUGUGUAUGGUGAUGCGUGGUAUCCAGAAAAUCAACGCAGUUACUAUCACGAGCAGUAUGAUAGAUGUUUUCAGAGAAGAUGCCAAAACCAGGGAAGAAUUCUUGAAAUUAAUAAAAAGUUAAUAUUACCACAUAUAUACAUGACCACAUACAGGUGGAUAAAAGUUUACGAAUG